UUGCUGUUUAUCAGGGUGAAGUCACCGGCAGUACACCCAGUCUACACACAGCUCUGCACCGAUGGCUUAUCCCGGAGGAGGAGGAUACUACCCGUCCGGUGGGUUUGCACCACCUGCUGGUGGCUACCCACAACAAGAUCCUAUGUAUGGCUACUUUCUACAAGUUGCAGGCCAGGACGGACAGAUCGAUGCUGAAGAGCUGCAGAGAUGUCUCACACAAUAUGGCAUGUCUGGAACAUACAAACCCUUUAACCUGGAAACCUGUAGACUGAUGAUUUCCAUGCUGGAUAGGGACCUGUCGGGCAAGCUGGGCUUCAAUGAGUUCAAAGAGAUUGGGAUGGUAUUGAAUGGGUGGAGACAGAACUUCAUGGCCGUGGACACAAACAUGAGCGGAUCAGUAGAUGGGAUAGAGCUCAACAGAUCUAUGGCAGCUAUGGGCUUCAGAUUGAGCCCACAAGCCCUGAACGUUAUCACCAGGAGGUACAGCAACCACGGCAGAAUUUCCUUUGAUGAUUACAUCACUUGUUGUGUGAAGCUCCGAGCCCUGACAGAAACUUUCAGAAGGAGAGAUGUGUCCCAGCAAGGAAUGGUGAAUUUCAUGUAUGAUGAUUUCAUCCAAGCUAUUAUGAGCAUCUGAAGGAGGCCCACAGCCAAGGAGAAAAUGCAUCAUUCUCAGCACCGGCUCACUGUUUAUUCCCAGAAGUGCUUGUAAUUGUAACCACUUGUCUGCGUUGGUUAUUUUUAAUAUUUCUUUUUUUUUAAUAAAUGAUGGGCAGAGGUGU